AUGUUUCGCUCCUUCUCAUCUCGGGAUCGUGCGGGCAAGUCGGUCAAGCCAAUCAAGACCAAGAAAUCGUACAGCGAGCAUCAGAAGAAGAAGCUUCAGCAAAAGUUGGAUAGUCGUGAGGGGCGUCUUUUCGCCGCUCAUGAGGACCAAUUAACUCGAAGCCCUUUCUUCGCCGCGGCUCUUCGGGGCCAGUUCUUCGAAUCCGAUGCGAAGAGGGUUGUUCUGCCUGACGAGGAACCCGAGAUAUUCUCUUGCGUCCUCGAGUAUCUCUACAAGGGUGACUAUGCACCACGUUUGUUGUUCAACAAGCGUCGGAACUCUUGGGAGCUCGAUGGCGCAAAUAAUGGCAAGCCAGCAGGAGGUGUGAAGUCUACAAUACAACAUUCUGGCGUGGGCGGAGAGGUCCUACGGGACACCGUCGUCUAUUGUACUGCUGAGAAAUUUGGCUUGGACGAGUUGAAGCGUCUUGCUCUUCGGAAACAAGGCCUUCAAUCCGGCAUCCACGUCGAAGUGAUCUUGCGGUCAGCUCGGUACGCAUAUGACAACACGCCAGACACAGACUCGCAACUCCGCGCUCAUUACUUAGCGCUCAUCAUCAGAUGUCGCAAGCUUUUCAAGAGGAGUGGGAGAAUGGAGAGGGAGAUGGAGAUUGGUGGAAGUAAAUUGUAG